AUGCUUUCCAGGUUGCUCUGCUCAGCCGCUCAGGCUUGUCGCACGUCAUGCGUGCCAUGCGGCCUCAAACCACUUGUGAGAAGUACUCUUCGAUUUACACCCAGAAACUUUUCGACGGUCACCGAUCGAAUUGCCGAAGGUGUAAAGGAACCCUCUCGAAAAAUGGUGGGCGCGUGGCUGGGUGUUCUGACUGGAAUGACAUUUGGCGCAGUAGUACUUGGAGGUGUCACACGCCUUACUGAGUCGGGCCUGUCAAUGGUCGAUUGGCAUCCGUUUAAAGAGGUUCCACCACUCUCACAAGAGGAAUGGAUUGCGGAAUUUGAAAAAUACAAGAAAUUUCCCGAAUACGAACAUGUUGUGCGUGAACAAGGAGAGAUGACCCUUUCUCGUUUUAAGUUUAUUUGGCACAUGGAGUAUGGUCACCGUCAAUGGGGCCGUCUGCUAGGUCUUGUCUAUGCUCUCCCUGCUGGAUAUUUCUGGUAUACAGGACAGUUUACUAAACGGAUGAAGCCGCGAGUCAUCGCAUACGGUGUGCUCAUUGGUUGUCAGGCACGUUGGUAUAUGGUCAAAAGUGGAUUAAAGAAACCCCAACCGCCGGUUGGUGUUGAUCCGAACGAGGACUUCGUCGGGGUGCCUCGAGUGAGCCACCUCCGCCUGGCCGCUCACUUAAGCGCCGCAACUAUCCUCUACUCCCUCUUUUUGUGGGCCACCUUCAGUCACUAUGUGAAGCAUCCGAAGCUCUCCCACUUUGACGGAUUAUUGCGGCUCAAAAUUUUGGUACACUCCUCCAAAGCCCUCGUGUUCACAACACUCGUCUGGGGUGCAUUUGUGGCUGGCCUCGAUGCCGGACUGGUUUACAAUUCGUGGCCGAAGAUGGCCGACAGGUGGGUACCAGAAGACUUAAUCGUACCACGCUACGGUUCUACAAAACGGAACCUGAUAGACAACCCAACAGCAGUCCAGUUCAUGCAUCGCAUGCUAGCUUACACUUCGGUUGGCUGCGUCUGCGCCUUGUGGGGUCUCACGAUGGCCGCUGGUCGGGGCCGAACUGGUUCACGCAUUCGCAACGCUGCUCACCUCAUGCUAGCUGCGGUGUUUGGUCAGUCAGCACUCGGUGUACUCACUCUCAUCAACUACGUGCCGGUGUAUCUUGGUGCGAUGCACCAGAGUGGUAGUCUUAUCCUCUUCUCCACCCUUUUAUGGUUUUCGCAUUGUCUGCGCGCCGUCCCCAAAGUAUAG